AUGUCUCACCUCGAAUAUUUCAACUACAAAGGAUGCGGCGAACACAUGCGCGAGUUCCUGUCAUACAGCCAGGCCGUGCGUAUUGGCGAUCGUAUCGAGAUCGCUGGCCAGGGCGGCUGGGACCCAAACACCCGCGAAGUUCAUGCCGAUUUGUCAAAUGAAUUCAAGCAAGCGUUUUCCAAUGUCGAGCUGGCGCUCAAGGAUGCGGGGGGCAAGGGUUGGGACCAGGUGUACCGAGUUCACAUCUACGUUCUUGACACGAGCGACGUGGUUGUCGGGCUCCUGCCGCAGAACCUCCGCAGGUGGAUGCCAAAUAAUCAGCCUGUCUUGACGUGUGUAGGAGUCAAGGAGCUAGCAUUGAAUGGGAUGACGAUUGAGAUUGAGGCAUAUGCACGAGAUGACCAUCGUCAAUAA